GAUUGAGAACGAAGUAUCAUCGAUUUACAAAGAUUUUUAUGGAUUACAAUUAUGUUACAGUUUCCUUGUUCAUGUAAAAUUAUUAUAGAAAUAAAAAGGGGAUUUUAUACCCGAAAUACAUUAAAAUUAAGGAUGUAGAAUGUAAAUUAAUCAAAGAUGACUCGUUUAGAUAAAAAUAUGUAUGUUGAAUGUUUACCAGUAACUCUGUAUAAUGAAAUAAUUAACGCAUUAAAUAAAGAUGCAGCUUGGAUAACAUUAGCAAAUCAUGUAGCUGAAGAACUCCAACUUAGUACUCUAUGGAUACACUCUUUAAAAAAGAUUAAAUAUCCAAGCGAUUCUCCUGGACAGAAGCUACUGUCUGAAUUAAAUAUUAAAAUGUGUACUAUAGAGAUUUUACGUACUUUGUUGAACGACUGUAAACUUUAUGACAUUCUUUCCAUUAUAUCUGAUCCAGAACCUUUAAGCAUUGUUGUGCAUCCAACAGAGGAACUUCAUACUGAUAUUUUAAAAGUACCAUUUGGACGUCAUCUUCAUUUAUGCUGCAAAGCUGUUGGAAUACCACCGCCAAAUUACAUAUGGUACCAUAAUAGUAAUCAAUUGCAACAUUGUAUUUCUGACGAACUCGACCUUGUUAUAACUUGUGCUUCUCAAGCAGGGGAAUAUAGAUGCGAAGUAUUUCAAAUUAAGAAUGAUGGAAGUCUCAUAUCGACCUUGACUUCUAAAGCUGUAACUGUACAAAUUCUUUCUAUACCUGUUGCAAUAGAGGAACAACCACAGCCACUUCUGGAAGUUAAAGAAGGUCAAAAUUUUACAAUUUGUUGUAAAGCCAAUAAUUAUUCUAAACCACGUUACCAAUGGUUUCAUAAUAAUACUAAACUAGAAGAAGAAACAUCCAAUAUUUUGCAUAUAAAACAAUUUAGUUUGAGAAAUGAAGGAAAAUAUUAUUGUCAUAUUUAUAAUGAUAUCAGUGAAAUUUAUACAGAAAGGGCUCAUGUAAUGAUGGAUUUUCCAAAACUUAAAGCAGUUGCAAAAAUAGCUUUAGUUAUUGCAAAUGAGGACUAUGAUUGCCAUGAACGUCUUCUAACAUCUAAAAAUGAUGCUGCAUGCAUAGGUAAUCUUCUUAAAGAAAUAGGAUUUGAAGUAAUUUGUCUUCUCAAUUUGACAAUUACUCAAAUGAAGAAUGCAAUAAAAAUAUUUAGCGAAGCCUUAGAAGAAGGUGUAUAUGGUCUAUUUUAUUUUGCUGGUCAUGGUUUCAAAAUGCAAGAAAAUUACAUGCUUGCAAUAGAUGCUCCAGAAAUAUAUUUAAGAAAAGAUGCAAUAUGUGAAAGCGAAUUAUUGUCUGCAUUCCUUGAGAAUGAUCCUGAAUUAUUAAUUGUUAUUUUAGACAUGUGCCAAACUUUACCCUCAAAAAAAUUUAAUCCCGAAAUAUAUCACGAGGUACCAAUUGUGAAUGAAUAUAAAAGCAAGAAAAAUCUUAGAAAUUUAAUUCAAGCAUACUCCACAUCUAGUCAUCGACCUAGUUAUGAGAAAUUGAACUGUAAAUAUGGCUUGUAUAUGGAACAUCUUAGCAAAUAUAUUAAUGAAGAUAUAACUGUCACAAAACUAUUUGAAGAAGUAGGAAAAUCAAUUGAUAGUUGUUUUAAAGGGAAAGAACGAAAUCAGAUUCCAAUGUUUGCUGUGUCUGUUACAAAACCAUUUCGCCUUACCGAUGCUACUUAUGAAAAAAAACUUUCACAUAACAUUGAUUGUUUAAAUGAACUUAUAUCAUAUUCAACUCAAACAAUAAACGUAUUGUUUAAACCAGCAAAUAUGUGCAGUAGAGUUACAAUUUCACUCUUUAUGGAACCAUAUUUAAAUGUAAUAAGAAUCAAAGUACUUGAUUUACCAAAUGUAGAAAUCAAUUUUUUUAAUUCUAUUCCCACAAAACGAAAUAAUUUAUUUCAAGAUCAACAUGAGAAAGAAUGUUGGAUUCACAAUCCCCAAAUCAACGAGGGAUCAUUGAUAAUUUCUGUAUCAAAGAAUAGCAUCGCUAUUAGUGCAACAGUGUUGCAUAUAAAAAAUUACAUACCUCUUUUGCUGAAACUUAUAAAUGUUUAAGAAAUACAACAUAAACAAUUACAUAUGA